AUGGAGACGGAAACCGAGUCUGGCAGCCUGGCCAAGAGCGGCGAUUCUCUGCCUCGCCAGCAUUCGCCCGACUUCGAUGAAAAGAAGAUGGAAAGAGGCUUGCCAGAGCAGCAGCAGUCGGAAGACGCUGUGUCUGCGCCGCCGCCGCCGCCGCCGCGCGACAUGCCCGGCUGGAAGUGGACGCUCGUCAUCACCGCCAUCUACAGCUCGCAGUUUCUCUUUGCCCUCGACAACACCAUUGUGGCCAACGUGCAGCCCGUCAUUGUGCAAGAGUUUAACGCCGUGCAGAAGCUCUCGUGGCUGAGCGUCGCCUUCCUCAUCGGCGCCGCGAGCACCAACCUCGUCUGGGGCAAGGUCUACGGCCAGUUCAACGCAAAGUGGACAUAUCUGCUCUCGGUGCUCGUCUUUGAGAUUGGCUCGGCCAUCUGCGGCGCGGCGCCCAACGUCGACGCCUUCAUCAUUGGUCGCGCCAUCUGCGGCGUCUCCGGCGCCGGCAUGUACGUCGGCCUCAUGACCAUGAUUGCCCUCAACACCACCAUGCAGGAGCGUCCCGUCUACGUCGGCGGCACCGGCCUCGUCUGGGGCCUGGGCACCGUCCUCGGCCCCAUCAUCGGCGGCGCCUUUACCGACUCGUCGGCGGGCUGGCGAUGGGCCUUUUACAUCAACCUCGUCAUCGGCGGCCUGUGCGCUCCCGUCUACGUCUUCAUGCUACCCAGCAAGGACCCCCGCCCCGGCGUGUCAGCCCUCGACCGCUGUCGCCAGUUUGACUACGCUGGUGUCCUUCUCAUGAUUGGAGCCUGCGGAAGCUUCGUCAUGGGCGUCUCCUUUGGCGGCGUCACGUAUCCCUGGAACUCGGCGCGCAUCAUUGCCCUCUUCUGCGUCUCGGCCGUGCUCUUCAUUAUCCUCGGCUUCCAGCAGGUCUACACCAUCUGGACCGACACUGUCCGUCGCGUCUGCCCGGUCGAGUUCUUUGGCAGCCGCACGGUUCUGAUCCUCUUUGUCAUGACGGCCGCCGGCGGCUGCGGCAUCUUUCUGCCCAUCUACAUGGCACCCCUGUACUUUCAAUUCACCCGCGGCGACUCGGCGCUGCAGUCGGGCGUGCGUCUGUUGCCCUUUGUCUUCCUCGUCAUCUUCACCAUCACCACCAAUGGCGCCAUGCUGGCGCGUUGGGGCAUGUACAUGCCCUGGUACCUAGUUGGCGGCAUCCUGGUGUCCAUCGGCGGCGGUCUCCUGUACACUGUAAGCCUCACCACGUCCGUCUCCAACGUCUACGGGUACACCGUCAUUGUCGGUUUCGGUGUCGGCAUGUUUGCGCAGGCGUCGUACUCGGUCGCCCAGGCCGUUGUCAAGCCCGAGCUUGUGCCCUCGGCCAUUGGCUUCAUCUCGACGGCGCAGAUUUUUGGCAUCACCCUCUCCCUGGCCAUUGCCAACGCGCUGUUCCUCAACGAGAGCGAGCGCGGGAUCCACGAACUACUGCCCGACGUUCCCGUCAAGGAGAUUGCGCAGACCAUUGCCGGAGCCAAGUCGGAGCUGUUGCACCAGCAGAGCCCCGAGAUGACGGCCAAGAUUCUGACCGUCAUUGUCAAUGCCCAGAGCAAAACGUAUAUUUUGGUUAUUGUCGCGGGCGUGUUGGUGACUGUGCUGAGUCUGCUAAUGAAGCGUGAGAGGCUGUUUAUUGGUCAUGGGGCUGGCGGCAUGUAA